AUGUGGGCAGAAGGUGACUUUCCUCCCCAAGGGCCUCCUCGGCUUGAAAGCGUGACUGAACCUGGAGAAAAUGGUACAUACCUCAUGUACCACGGCACAUCCAAAGCUGCUGCCGCUGCCAUCCAAGUUCAGGGCUUCAGGCAGUCCGAAGAUGGCAUGCUGGGAAGAGGUGUCUACCUCAGCCGGAAUCUGCAGAAGGCCAGCAAGUACCCUCUGAACCUGCCCGACCAUGAAAAAGCUGUUCUGAGGGUGUGGGUGAAUGUGGGCAAGGUGAUUGUGAUCAACUACCAGGGCCACCCCUUGCAGAAGACCUGGCACGACUAUGGCUAUGACACGGCCUGGGUUCCCCCUAACUGUGGCAUGGUGCCCAGCGGACUGGAGGAGGAUUGUGUGUGGAAUCCCAACAGAAUUCGGGUCAUGAACAUCAUUUACCCAAUGUUGGCCCAGCAAGGUUGGCCAGGUGCACCAGCCUUCUACCUUUACCCCCCCUACAGCAACCCGGGGUUGCCAGUGUUGAGCCAGCAAGGUUGGUCAAGUGCAUCAGCCUUCUACCCUGCCCCUUUCCCCCAGCCCGUUCAACCCCCCUUAUUGAAAUCAAAAGCACACAAAGGACACAGUAAAUACAGCCACCUGCUCAGUCAAGGGAAAGCGCUCUCUCAGGAUUAUGUUCAUUUGGACCUGUGUCGAAAGCUGUUGAUCAAAUACGGAAUCAACAUGUGGGCAGAAGACGAUUUCCUUCCAACUGAUCGUCCUCGCCUUAGCAGCUUUGAACCACCCUGUGAUCAAGAAGUCUAUACCAUGUACCACGGCACUUCCAGAGAAGCGUCUUUUGCCAUUAUGAUGUCCGGCUUCAGGCAGUCCAGUGGCGGCAUGCUGGGGAGAGGAGUCUACCUCAGCAGGGAUUUCCGGAAGGCCAACAGGUACCCCUUGGAGCUUCCUGAAUCGCAGCGAGCAGUCAUCCAAGUGAAAGUUAGAGUUGGGAGGGUGAAAAAAAUCGACUGCCAGGGCCACCCCCUGCAGAAGACCUGGCAUGCCCACGGCUACGAUACGGCCUGGGUGCCGCCCAACUGUGGUAUGGUGCAGAGCGGACUGGAGGAGGAUUGUGUGUGGGAUCCUGACAGAAUUCAAGUCAUCCGCAGCGUUUUCCCAUCAGCAGAUUCUUACUCUGACCCUGACCCUGACUCUCAGCAGGAAAUCAACAUGUGGGCAGAAGACGAUUUCCUUCCACCUGACCGUCCUCGCCUUAGUAGCUUUGAACGACCUCGUGAUCACGGAGUCUACACCAUGUACCACGGCACUUCCAGAGAAGCUGCUAAAGGCAUCCAGAGGUCUGGCUUCAGGCAGUCCAGCGGCGGCAUGCUGGGGAGAGGAGUCUACCUCAGCCGGGAUCUGCAGAAGGCAUGCAGGUACCCUCUGGAGCUUCCUGAAUCGCAGCGAGUGGUCAUCAAAGUGAAAGUAAGAGUUGGGAGGGUGAAAAAAAUCGACUGCCAGGGCCACCCCCUGCAGAAGACCUGGCAUGACCACGGCUACGACACGGCCUGGGUGCCGCCCAACUGUGGUAUGGUGAAGAGCGGGCUGGAGGAGGAUUGUGUGUGGGAUCCUGACAGAAUCACUAUCAUUGACACCAUCUUCCCAUCAGCAGAUUCUGACUCUGACUCUGACUCUGACUCUGACCGUGACUAUCAAUAUUACUAUGACCCUGACCCUGGCCCUGGCCCUGGCCCUGGCCUUGGCCCUGAUCCUGACCCUGACCCUGACCCUGUCCCUGACUAUGACCCUGACCCUGACUAUGACUAUUACUAUGACUUAUACCCUGGCCCUGGCCCUGACCCUGGCCCUGGCCCUGGCCCUGACCCUGGCUCUGACCCUGUCCCUGACUAUGACCCUGACCCUGACUAUGACUAUUACUAUGACUUAUACCCUGGCCCUGGCCCUGACCCUUGCCCUGGCCCUGACCCU